CCUGUCUGUGUGUGUCUGUGUGUAAGUGUCUGUACACUAUGUGUGUGUGUGUGCGUGCGUGCGUGUGUGUGCGUGUGCGUGCGGAGAAGGGUUACAGAUCACAUACAUUAUGUCAGUCAGGACUUGACCAGAAAUCACAUGGGAAGGUCUUCUGUGGCCAGUGCGUGAAAAUUUAAAUAAAUUGAGUUAUAGAGACGGACAGAAAUGGCAUCAGUUGCAUGGCUCUCAACGUUUCUUUUUUAAGCAUCUUUCAGUCAAGUAUAGACAAGCAGACAUAGUUUGGCUAACCGUACAAAUGUUCUGUGGUUGUGCUUGAUGACUUUAGUCACAGUUGCUACUCAGGUUUUUCCUGUUUUCCUGUUUGCUUCAAUGUGAUACCAGCGUUGUUCACUUUCUUUUUCAAAGUGUCUACAGCUAGAGACUGGUGGCACGUCUCUUCAACUUGAAAGUGUCUAAUUUAAGUAAUUAAUUGAUUGGAAUUAGUGGCUUCUUGUUGCUAAUCUGGUUCACCUGAGUCCAUGCAAUGACAGUCACACCUUUGCAUCCUGUUUCACACUGAGAAUUUGAAAAGCAUCUCUGCUGAAACCGGUUGGUGGUGCCUUGUCGGGCUUGACGGGAGCGAGAGCGGGAUGGUGGAGAGACUGUGACUGAACAGACGGAGCGGUACCCUAACCACACACUCAAGGGAAGGAGUGGGAGUGGGGGGGGAUCAUGGCAACCCCCCAUGGAGUCCUCGCCGUGCUCCUCUGCUCAUCACUCUUUGGAAGCUGUCAAGCCAUGGCACUGAACAGAAACACGCCCACAACCAAGGCCUGGUCCCAGGUGGACGCGGCAGCAGCAGCAGCAGUCAGCCAAGUAUCAACUGAUCGCAUCGGGCUGUCAUCGGACUUGCCACUGUGGACAUCCAGAGCCGGCGGAGCCAAGAUGGACGCCACGUCCUCUCCGUUUGAUCUCUGGAUGCCACUGUCAUCAGUGAGCGCUGAGGAAACUGCCCCCCUCAAUGCAGAUCCCGGGGACGCCAUUGCUCAGCCUUCCAGUGAAUCCCACCCAGCACAGAGCGCAAAGGAAGAGCCAGAGCGGCCCUUUCAUCUCUCCGACCUGGAUAGUCAGUCUUUCCAAGAUGGCACAGCAGCUCGACCGUUUAAGAGUCAAUUAGACUGGGCAGACGAGGAGCGUAUGCCUGACCUCCACUUUGUGCAGACGGCUGAAGGGGACUCACCUGCUGAUGUAACCUCUCCCCCAUCGGUACAGCCAGUGCCGGUGCCGUCUUCCACUGAGUCUGAGGAGCGGAGCCUCAUCGACUCUGUGGAUAAGGGCACAGUGGCGCCAGCAAGGUCCUCAGGCACAUCUGACCUGGGCACGUCGAUAUCUGCCUCCUCCUCCACACGUCAGUCAAACAGCACAAGGCCCACAGCCAGGGAAGUUACGAAGGCCGGCGGCUCAGACAUCGAUGCCACCACACAAGGGGAGGAGGCAGAGGUCAGGACCACAGCGGUUGAUGGGGGGAGUCUGGGAUUAACGCCAACGAAGAAGACAGAGCCUCGCAAAGGCGUGAUUCAAGAUGAUUCCUGGUCAGAAACAGACACUCUGUCAGAGUCCUCCUUGCUCCCCGACUGCAACGCUGUCAGCACGGGGAUCUGCAACGUGUCAGUGGAGAGCCCUCUGUCAGCCCCUCCUCCUCCCCCACCUUCUACACCUACAUCAGGAGCCAAGCCCACAGGCGAAGAAGACCUAUCCUCCGCUCCCUUCCCCCCACUGGCCAGCACUCCAUCCUCCUUCUCCCUCCUCCUGGUGCCCCUGCGCUGCGACUGGACCAGGGCUCUGGCGGCGUGGGGCCUGGCCUGGGAGGGCCACGUCUACGGCCUGGGCUGCGUCUUCGCGUUGGUGGCCUUUGUGUCGGCCGUGUGCCUGCUGUGCCUGCCCCUUCGCUGGCCGUCCGGCUGCGCCCUGUUCGCCAUCGCCCACUUCCUGCAGCUGCUGGCCGGCGGCGGGCGCUCCUUCCUGCUCUUCUAUGACCCGUACGGGCAGCGGGAGCGUCUACCCGCCGCCGUCUCGGCCCUGCUGCACGAGACGGCCUUCCCCUGCCUGACGUCAGCGUUUGGCGCCGUGCUGCUGCUGCUCUCUGCGCGCUCCCGCACCCAGCUCCUGCCGCUGGCCCUGCUCCAGCGCUCGUCCUGCGCCCUGGCCUGCCUGCUGCUGGCGCACGUGGGCCUGGCGCUGGGCUCCGUGGGGCUGGGGGUGCUCCUGCCCAACGUGCCCCGCCUUGCCCUGGUGCCGCCCGGGGCGUUCGUGGCCCUGGCCCUGCUGCUGUCCGUGGUCUACCUGCUGUUCUACUGCUACGCCCGCGCGGACGCCAAGCACAUUUACCGGCUGAGCGAGGCGUCGCCGGACCGGGACGCCUUGCCACGGUCCAGCAAGUGUCCCUUCUCAGAGGCAGGGGUGUGGGAGCGAGCCGCGGGCACCGGGGUUUUUGCCGCCCUCUUCCUGCUGGCGUGUGGGGCGCUGAGGCUCUACGCCAUGCUGCUUGCUACCGGGGUGGCUGGGGAAGGGGCGGUGGGCCUCCCACCCUGGCCCUGGUGGGGGCUGCAGUUCAGCAUGCGGGUCUGCGAGGCCGGGGUUUGUCUCACCCUUGCCCUGAUCAUCACGCAUCCCCUGCUGUGCUGUGGGGGCAAGUCGGGAGGCAGUGGUGAUAUGCCCAAACUGCCCUGUUGGCCCGGCUUCUCCUGGAGGUCAGGGGGCGGCGACAUCAGCAGCUCGGCCAAGCCGUCCCUCGGCUGGUCCCUGCGCUCCAGCGACAAGAAGAUGGGCCCGAGCCUGACCCGCAAGGAGAGCGAGAGCGUGCCCCUGUACACGCUCGCCGACCAGCGCCUGACGGAGGCCGACGGCUUGGACCUCCACUAUCCCGGCACCCCCACGGCGGAUCCGAGCUCCAAAAAACAGGAGCAGGUCCAGCACGCCAAGGUGGUGAAGACCAUCUCCACCACCGCCACGUCCUCCUUCGGCAGCCUGGACGGUGGAGUGUACUACACCGACUCUACUGUGGACCUGCGGCCCCCAUCUCCCAUAGACCUCCGGCGGAGCAUCGACGAGGCGCUCUUCAGCGACUCCAUGUUCUCCCGCAGCCUCUUCUCCUCCUCCAGACUCUCGCUCAGCACCAGGAGCCCCCCGGACGGACAGCCCUGCAGGGGCCCCGCCGUCUCCGCCGAGCCUGCCCUCUACCGCACCUCCUCCUGUGGGGACGUGGACCUUCCCGCGACUGCCGACCCCUCCAGGCCCGCCCAGCGGAGCCUCCAUUCCCAGAGAGGUGGAGGUGCGUGGAGGGGAAGCAGCUCGGCCUCGCUCUGCGGGGGCCACUGUGGAGGCCAUGCGGCCCACAGUGCUGCUGCCGCUGCUGGUACUGGUGGUGGAUUGCCCCUGUCGGUGUGCUGUGGGAACGUCCCGGUCCAGGAGACCCACGGGACCCAGGGAGCACAGGGGGCGGCGGUCAGGCAUCCAUCCCACCGGAGGUACCCGACGAUGGGCUCGACAUCUUCCAGAGAGAGCCUGUGUGACCCGAAGCCGGGCCGGGAACACGUGGACGAGGAUGCCGUGCAGGCCGAGUUUGUCCAUGUGUGCCGGCAGAUUGACGCUCUCAGCAUCAGCAGUGACACCAUCGAGCUGUAGGCCGCACCAGCUCGUGCAUACUACAGAUGUCUGCUCCUCUUUGGUCUGUACGAGUCUUUUUGUAGCUUUGCGCAAGGCAAAGGAAUACUAUUAUGAUUCGCUGUAGAGGCUGCAUGUCUGUUUGGAGGUGCACUUCCAAUUACACUCAGUGGACCCAUUGGACAAGAGCUGGACUAACUCGUAUGGAUUUUAUCAUCUUGUUUUAAUGCUGCCCGGAGGUGUACACACAGUGGAUACGUUGGAAAGAGAGAGGGACUAGCGUCCAUGGAUUGUAAAUGGAAUUCAAUGGAUUUUUUGAAGCUUCCCCAGAACUCUGAACAAGUUUCAUGCGCCACCUUGUGCUCAUUUUAUGAAAAUGCAGCUACCUGGCAACCAGAAGAAAAAAUGCAGGUUAUGAAAUGUCAGAUUCAAAGCUGUUCUACAAUUUCAGAUUUUUAUUAACUUAUAAAAUAGAUGUAAUGUUUAUAUAAGAGGAUAAAAUUUACAAGUAUGUAUAUUUGGUUUUUAGCAAUAAUGAUGCAAUAUACAGUAAGGGUUACUGAUGAUAGGCACAUGUAGAUUAAGGAAAAAAUAAGGUCAUUGAGGAUAAUGCACGUUCUUUGGCUUGAGGAAACUCCUCAUUAAGACCAAGCCACAGUCCAAUUUAUUUUAUUUUUCUCUCUCAGAUGAGACUGCGGUGUCAAAUGAGCUGUGAACAAUGUGGAUCUCUGUGUAGCUGUGCCGAGCUUUGCACACCCUUAAUCUGAACGCCCAAGUGUUGCAUUCAUUUCAUCCCAAAGAAUCUUUUUCACCAUGCUGUGCUGCUUAAUGCUUACUUGCUUAAGGAAACUGUGAUGAAGCUAUAUGGUAAUAGUUUAUGUACUGUUUUUCAUGUACAACAUAGACACCUAUGCAAGAAAUGAUAUUGCCAUAUAUUAGGUGAGUGGAAAAUGCCAAAAUAAAGAUCCAGAAAUAAACAUAGCCAAGCGUUGUUAACUUAAUUCGUCACCCUCUUAAGCUUUUCAGUUCCAAGUUCACAUGGGAAUUAGUGGAGUUAGGCGCUAAAACAUGCUGAGGGCUUUUUGCCUGAAAUAGCAUAUUUGGCAGCUUACACUCUCUCCCAAAUCAAUGUGACAUUGUACAAGUGGGUCAGUACGCCUCAACACCUUCUACUGGCUGACUGACUGGCUUAAUAGUUUGUGCCUAUGCUGCUCCCUAGUGUUGACUAGAACCGGCAGAGAGAGAGAGAGAGAGAGACAGAGAGAGAGCG